AUGACGACGAAUGAUAUUGAAGUACAAGCGGAUCUAGUUGAAAAUGGAGAAGAAUAUGAUAAUAAAUCGUUAAGUAAUUGUGAUGAUUUAAAUGAAUUAUCAUUAUCACAAUCACCAGAAUUAAAUCAAGAAAAUAACGAUGAAGAAGAAGAAGAAGAAAGAAUACAAACCGAAGAUUUUCCAGACGAUCUGUAUGAUCAAAUCGAUGACAAUCUUCAUAUUAAUGAAACUCAGGAAGAUAGUGCUCUAAUUGAAUUUAUAACAAAAGCUCAACAAGAAGAUUGUAAUUGUCUUGAUCUAUCAAAAAAAACUAUUUCUCAAUUUCCUACACUAUUAUUAUAUUUUCCUUCGUUACAAUAUUUAUAUUUAGAAGGUAAUCAAUUAAAAAAAUUACCAGAUGAUUUAUUUCUUCAAUUACCAUAUUUGAAAUGGCUCGAUCUACGAAAUAAUCAAAUAACAGAACUUCCAACCGAUGGUCUUGCUAAAUAUACUUCAUUAAAAUCUUUACUAUUAGGCGGAAACUUAAUUCGAACAUUACCCUAUGAACUUGGUACAGUCAAAGGUUUAUCAUCUCUUAAUCUUGAUGGUAAUCCAUUAGUUGAUCCACCAGCUGAAAUUAUUAAACAAGGUCUUAAAGCUAUUCAACAAUAUCUACAUGAUGAAUUUAUUCGACAACCUAAAUCUUCAUAUGAAGAAAACGAUCCUAAUGAUGACAUUUAUUAUGAAGACCACGAUGCUGAUAUCGUUCCAGAUGUAUGGGCAUCAGAUGAUGAUGAAAAAAAUAAUAAUCAACGACAAACAAUAGCAAAACAAAAUAAUCAACCAGUGAAAACAAAAUCCGAUGAUCCAGUGGGAGAUGCAUUUGCAGCUCGAGCACUAGAAGAACAACGACUUAUACGUCUAAAACAUCGUAAUAUAAAAAUUAAUGAACAAUUAGAAAAAAUCAAAAGUAAAGAAUUAUUACAUGAAUGGAAAGAAGAUUAUCGUUCUAGUCAACAACAAUUACGUCGAAAACAUCUGGUUAAAGGCAGAGAUUAUCCAGAAGCAGUUAGACAAGCUCCAUUUGGUAUUGAUCCAAAUUAUAUUCAUGUCAUGGAUAAAGAUCAACAAGAAAUGAUUGAACGAGCAGUUAAAUAUGAAAGUCGACGUAAUCGUUCACCAGAAAGUGCUAUGCAAGAAGAAGAAAAUCGACUUAUACGUGAUCGACAAAUACAAGCUCGUAUUCGUGAAAUAACUGGAAAAAUGCUUGCACGUCGUAAUCUACCACGAGGAAAUGCAUCUGAAGAAAAACAUCAAGCUGAAUUUGAACUUCGUGAAUUGAAAAAACUUCAAGCUGAAGUCAGACAACGUCGUACUCAAAUUAAUACUCGUUUUAAAGCUUAUACUGGUGAUGUAAAAGCUCAUAAAAGAUUGUGA